CGAGUUCAGUUGGUAACUGACUGCAAUACCCGAUAGGCGCGUUCCGGUUUUAGUUUGCGAAGGAAGGGACCCGGUCCGUGUAGAAUCGCGAUCGAAAGUUACAACCGGUUGGUUUCUUUGUUACAAAAAAAAUAGUUUUUUUUUUUUGUCUUUGAUGAUUUGAGGACUGACUUCAUGGGUGUAAUUUAGUUAUUUUUGCUGAUUUGCAAUUACGUAUUGCAAUGAGAAAACGGCUUCAAGAAGCACCCUCAGAGACCUAAUCAGCUUCAUAUCGUAAAAAUGGGAUGUUUCAAAGCAGUACUAGAUAGGGUUAAAAAAGACGUGCAAAGAAAAAUGGGCAACAUGCCCACACUCAAUUUGAACGACGACAAGUUUGAGAGAAUCACGGAGGAGCGGUCAUCGAAGAAAUCCUUGGAUAAUUUGCUCUUACCCAACUGGAUGGAGGACAACAAAGUAGCAAUGGACUUUCGUUCGGGCAACGGUCAAAUAGUCAUCAACCAAAAGGAAAUCGACAAAAUAAGAAACGACCCCGGCCAACUACUGCGGGUCCUCGACGAAAAUAUCCCAAUAGAAAAGCUGCAGCACGGCCCUUAUUUGACUCAGAAGUAUUACCACCAAGAACUCAGUCGACCUCAUGCAGAAAAACUACUUAAGGCUGCCAACUAUAAUGGUGCCUGGUUGCUUCGGACAAGCCAAUCUCGGAAAAAUUGCCUGACAAUUUCCUACAUCUAUGAACAAAAGGUGCACCAUAUGUACGUCACCACGACGGUGUACUACGACGAAAAAACUAAAGAACGUGAUUUUUUGGUCACCAUGGACCUGCGUUGGGGCUUUAGGGACGUGCACGAUCUCACUGAGUAUUAUAGGCAUAAAAAGGGACAUUUGUCUUGUAGAUUGGGAGCAAGUAUUAAAAAUGACAGUCAACCAGACGGCAGUCCUGUACGAUCUCCAUUCAGACGCACCUUUCCAAAACCAAUCGAUUUAAUGGCUCCACCAAGGAAAUCAUCAAAUAAAUCUAAAAUUAAAGGGAGCUUUUUCACAAGGACCUUCUCGUUCACCAAAGAAAUUUUGCCAAAUAAAAAACUCGGCGACCAACCAUCGACGUCGAAAGAAGAAGCCUCUUCUAGCGGCGUUUCGUCGGCGCAAAAUUCCUCUUCAGGUGACGGCGAAUCCGUUCCAUCCACUCCUCAAGCUUGACGGCAAUCGAAUUUUUCAUUCACUUGACAAAAAUUAUUAGAAUUUGCUUACAGAGAAUGACUUUGGACUAAAAAUAUUUUGCCAAUUUUUCAAACAGUUUUUUUUUUUUUGGUUUUUUCUGCGGCUCUUUGAUAAAUUUAAAUCAUUAGUUGCCAUUCGCAACUUUUACGUGAUAUAUUUUGUGAUAAUAAUGACUGUUUGAAUUAUUGUUGGGUUGUUUGUUCUCUGAUCAUUCUGUUUAUAUUAAUUAGAGUUUUCUUGGCACGUUUAUAUAUUGGGUAAUAUUUCUCUUUUUUUGACAAUAUAAUAUAGGUUUAGGUUUUCAUAUGAAUAAUCAAACCCAAGGGCUCUAGUCUUCAACAAGAUUGAAAAUUGGUUUUUUUUGGGUCAACUGUAUUCAUUAUUAUAUUUAUACAAGGUAUUAAACAAAUUGUACCUUGUAUAAAACACCCAGUAUAUAUGACAAUCGUUUUUUUUUUUUUGUGAUCUGCCCAUAUUUAUUUGUAUAUUUAACAUGUUGUGCUUCGUUCAGUAUUAAUCUCUUUAGUGUACAGGGUGAAUUACGAUUAUAUUAUGUUUAUUUUAAUUACGAAUAAUCUCUUUAUAUCGAAAUAUUAGGUUUGAUUUUUAUAUUUUGAUAGGUCGAUGGAAGGAUUUUACACAAUUAUCCAGCAUCGUAUUGAUUUUUAAAGAAAAAUGUCCAAGGUGUGGAAAAUCUUUGCCUCAAAAUUGGAUAUUUUUCUCUAAAUAAAAAAAAAAAAUACCUAUAUAUUUUAGAAAAGGCUGUGGUCUGCUUUUUUUUUUCUUUCAAUGUCGUUGAGUGUGAUAAAUUUUGUAUGUGUAUAUUGUCUGCGAUAAUGUGGGAGUAAAUAACUGAGCAAAAAAAACCACAAGACUGGAUUAGAUAUGGCAGAACAGUGUAGUUAGGAUAUAAACGAAAAAAAAAAAAGUAUUAUUUUUAAGUUAUGUAUUUUUUUUAUGUGUGAUUAAAUACCCUAUAAUUGUAAUAAAUUGACAACUUAAACAUUUACUCCAAUAAUAAAUAUAUAGCCUUGUCCAAAAAGGAGACUCUCAUACCUCUUAUUAAGCUAGAAAAAAUGAUAGAAAGCAAUACUUAACUACUUAUGUUUUUUUCUUUUUGGGGAAUAAUGAUUUAUUCUUCAAAAAAGAAAAUAAUAACAAUCCCUCUAUACAGGGUUAGUGGUAAUUCAAUCUAUUCCCAUUGAUAAUGGAAAUAAGUAAAACUAAUAAUAACCCUGUAUAAAUUGCAUGUGAUAUUUUACUUUUAAGAAUUAGUCUUUUCAUGGUCUGAUACAAUCAAUCAGAUUAUAGAGUAGUACAAAAGCCAGUAAAGUGAUAGACAUUAAUGUGUGUUUUUUCCAAUUAUUUCAUUUUUGUUAUCUUGACCAAAUUUUCCAAGCAAUUAUUUUUAGUAAUCAAAAAGAACAAGAAUGAUAAAUUAGAUUUAAUAAAAUGUUGCAAUAAUAAACUUUCAAGAACCAACCAAAAAGUCUGAUGAAAAUCUUGUUCUAUGAAAUUGUCAUGUAAAGUAUAACCAUCCAACUUCACGCACAUUUUUUUCUUUUAGGGCAUAAGUUGAAUUUUUACUCUUUAAGUACUGUGUUUAUUCGUUUAUAUUUUUGAUUAUUUUGUAGCUUUUAUAUUUUUAAUUUAUCGACUAUAAUAUUAUAAUAAUAAUAAUAAUAAACACUAAUAGUAAUAUUUAAAAAAUGCAUAAUCAGAAAACGUAUUAUAAAAAAAAAAGUAGUUGUGUAGAUGUAUAUUUAAAAAUCAUUAAAAAAUUAUAUAUUUCUUUUUUCUUUUAACAUCACACUUUUUUUUUGCUUGUUUCUUUUUUCUAUUUAAUUUUUAUCAUAAAACAAAAGCCAUAUAAAUAAUUGAUAAAAAUUAUUUCAAUUGAAAUUGUUGUUUUAUUUAUCGAUAAGAGUGAUUUUAGCAUUCUAUUUUAGGAAAGCAACACACACGGACAGCUCCGUUAAUUUUCAUUUGAUUUCAAUGUAAUUAGGCUCCAAAUAACCUGUUUCUAGACUUCAAUUUAAUUUCGACAGAUUUGCACCUGAGACUUCAAAAUUAAAAUUAUUGAACAUUGAAAAUUUUCGAAAAAUGAUGAUGCUGAAAUAGUUUUUGCCUCAUAACUCUGUCACUGAACUAGUUUUUGCCUUACAACUCCAUUAAUUUUCAUCUGAUUUCAGUGUAAUUAAGCUCUAAUUGAAGCCAAUUAAAUUCUCUACAAACCUGUUAAUUAUUAUUUUAAUUUGGAUUCGAAAGUUUUACACCUAAGAAGCUUCGAAAUUGAAUUUAUCAAAAAUUGAAAAUUUUUCAAAAAUGACAGCUCCGUUAAUUUUUGUUUAAUUUCAAUGUAAUUAAGCUCUAAUUAAAGCCAAUUAAAUUCUCUACAAAUCUGUUAAUUAAGAUUUCAAUUUGGUUCCGAUAGUUUUACACCUGAGAAGUUUUAAAAUUGAAUUCAUUGAAUAUUAAAAAUUUUCCACAAAUGAAACUGAGUUAGAUUUUGCCUCACAGCUCCGUUAAUUUUCAUCCAAUUUCAGUGUAAUUAAGCUCUAAUUAAAGCCAAUUAGCUUCUCUUCAAACCAAUUU